AUGAGAGCCUCAGGGGAGAAGGAGGGGAUUGAAGGGAGGGAGCAGAAACAGAAGCAAGCAACUGAGUGAGGCGAGCGAGCGAAUGCCGCGAGAUAGUGAAGGAGUCGCUGGGUACGUGUACCAGGCAGGCACAGGGAGAGAGAAGGACAGGCCUUGCGUUUAUCUGCGCCUUAAGAAGGGGGACGACAGAAACGAGAGGAAAUGGUUUAACUGUACUACAGUAUCUCUCUUUCCUUUUUUUAUUUUCUCAACAAAAUCCCCGGAUCCUCUCUUUCUUUCACGCCCUUCGGCUGUUGCGAGACGCUGCCGUGCGACUCAGCGUCGUUGUCGUUGUGCCAGUCACGCGGCCCCGCGAUCACCUGUGGAGCAGAAUUCUACCCUGUAUAUCGACGUUUUGCUGCCGUGUCAUGACAAAUUGACGAUUGUAGCUACUCUUUCUCGUGUUUUUUUUCGAGAGGUUUCCAGAGAAGGAAGGAGCAAAGUACAGUAAUUGACUCGCUCGCGCUGUUAUCGCUCUGCGUCCGGUCCGUCCAAUCCUUCCCUUUCGUCGUCUGUGAGUCGAUUUGUGUCGUCCUCAGAGGGGUUUUCUCUAAUCCAGUGAGUCGUGAUUCGCUUCGCUGCUGGUGGUGCUCGCCUUUCGGAUGGCUGGUCGAGGAGCGUGGCUGAGUGCUGUUCACAAAGACGGCGAUGAUCAGCGGCAGCAACAAGUGCAUAGUCUACACCGACGUCGCCUUCAUCAUCGCAUCGGCUCGGAUGCGGAUGAAAUGCCGGGCGGGAGGGAGGAAGGGAGGAGCGUGGGAGCGGAAGACGACGAAGAGGAGGAGGAGUCUGAGUCGGUCGUGGCAAUGGCACAACGGCGACAGCAUCAACUGAUGGGUCUACGGCGACACCGACGACAAGAAGAAGGAGGAGGACGAGGAGGGGAUGGUGGCGGAGACAUGCAGCUGCUGAUGCGUAGAGGAGACGGGAAACAGGGAGGAGUUGGUGGUGGCUGCCAUGACGAGCACCACGGACUGCAAAGUUCGAUGGCGUUCCAGGUAGCUGGAACUGAAGCAAGUGGCUCGUCUCGACUAGGUGGAGGAGGAGGAGGGGUAUUCGGAGCAGCGGCAGCACCAGUCGCCAGUGGGGUUUUGGCUGGUAAUGCUGCUGCUGCUGCAGGGUUCUAUCACCGGGCCCCGUACGGAUCGCUGGCUGGCCCGCCUAUGGCCAAGAGCUUCCACUUCGGCGGCCUGUCCUGCGACAGCUGCAAGGCCUUCUUUCGCCGGUCGGUGCAGAACGACGCCUACCGCAGCUUCUUCUGCACCUUUGAGCAGCGGUGCGAGAUCCGCAUGUCGUCGCGUAAGACGUGUCAGUUUUGCCGGUUCGGCAAGUGUCUGAGCAUCGGGAUGGAGAAGUCCUGGGUCAUGACGGGCGAAGAGCGGGAGCGUCUGCUCAAGUCGCGACUGGACAAGAAGCGACAGAAGCGCAAGACGUGCGACGUGGGCGACUCUGAACCCGGUGGGGCCGGGUCCCACUAUUGCCUGGAUGCCCACGAGCCCGACGAGCGGGACAAGGACCACUUUAUGUCGACGGAAGAGCAGCGGGACAUUGAGUUGCUCGUCAACGCCUACCGCGAGUCCUACGAGGAGAUGCCCUAUUCUGUGGAGGACUUGUCGACGCCGUCAAACUCGAGCACGACCAACAACUGCCGCAUCAUCAGCAUGUUCUCGACCAUCGUGAAGCGCAUGUUCCUGUACGCUCGCAAGCUGCCCGGGUUCUGCGAGAUCCCGAUCCCCGACCAGGGCAUUCUGCUGCGCGGCGGCAUUCUUGAGAUGUACCGCAAGGGCCUGUCGUCGCCCGAGAAGGUGGCCCAGUUGCAGGAGAACUAUCUCCACUUGUCGCGCAAGUACAUGAACUGGCGCUACGGGCCACGCAAUGCCCGGCUCACGUAUCCCAAGCUACUCAUGAAGCUCGUUGACCUCCAAUCGCUCAACGACAACCGCAACGAGGGCCACAUCCUGCUCAAGCAAGAGGAGAUUAUGGAGAUUCAAAAGUCGCUGGCCAGUCUGUGUCUGGAUCCAUUCAACAAUGGCAGUGGUGGUGGCGGUGGUGGUCAUGGUCAAUCAUCUGUCUCUGUUCCACCACCACCUCCUCCUCCACCACCACCACCACCAUCAUCAUCAUCACAUCCACUGUCCACAACUCCAUCUGCUGGCACCAGCUGUUGCUCUUCCUCGGGCAGCGACGUGAAUGCAACUGGACUGUCGAGUGGUCGAGAGAAUGCCCCUGAAGGAAGCAGUGACGGUGGCGGCGGAGGAGUUGGUCCCCAGUUGCACGUGCUGACAACGGCGCGUGCAGGUGGGAGGCCGUCGGCAUUUUCGAGCUACGCCGAUAACACUGGCCAUGGUGCUCCGGGCAACGUGUAUGGGACUCACAACCAUCAACACCAUGUCCCGCAACAACAGCAUCACCCCCACCAUUACUACCAAAUGCAACCAAUGCAGACGGUGACGCAUUGGGACGGGUACCCGACGACGCCCAGCGCUUCUCACCUGUGCGGCGAGGAAUUCUUCAUGCGUGUAGGUGCGACGCAUGGCGGCGGGUACGGGAUGGUGCAAGAGAUUGGGCCCAUGAUUCUGUCCGCGCAACAACAGCAGCAGCAGCACGGAGGGGCGUCUGCGGAGCUAGUGACGGCUAGUUCGGCCGCCACGCCGCCGGUGGCUGUGGCCGAGGCCGGCUGUGUGCCGAGUGUUUACAAGCCCGCCGAGUCGCCGGAGAGUGCGCAGGGAGCCACGGGAUUCCAGUCUGAUUUCCAGCCCCCGCAACCACCUUCUGAGAAUCGUAGUAUGAGCAAUCUGCAGGUGACUUCGUCGGAGAUAGAAAAGUUCCGGGACCUGGUCGAGCGCUUGGCGUCGUCCAGUGCGGAUGAUGCAGUGCUGAACGUGGUGCGCGAGCACAUCGAUCCUCACAUACUGGGCCAGUUACAGAAGCAGCUGAUGCAAGCCUCGACCAGCUGCAGCAACGGCACGAGCAGUAGUAGCAGCACGAGUAGCCGUGAAACAAGAGGAAACCCUUUGCGAGUCCGACACCCAAAUCGAUGUGAUGUUGUGCUCAAAGAGGGAACUGAGGGCUGGUUGCCGGGGGAAGGGUUGUGUGGCUCAAUGUGUUUGCGAAAAAGAGAUUGCACUUGCAUGUGGAGGUUUAUAUUUGACGUGACGGAUUGUAGUGUUCGUUUUGUUUCGGUUUUUAUCGCUUCUCUGCUGUGCACUGCUGCUGAGAAGACUGGAUUGUGA